AUGCGGGCUUAUCUAUCACUACUCUUUCCUCCUUCGUACGUACGCUCAGUGAUGUCAUUAUUCUCUGUUUUAUUUGGAAAAGAAGAUAAAGGAGAGGUGAAAGAAAUGGUAGAACGUCAACGCGCCUGCUUUAGCUCCUCAGACCUCUACCUUUUUUUUGGUUCUCAGCAUGUUCUAGAUGGGUAUGCACGAAGAGUGUGUCUGCGUAUCAUUCCGGCAAGAUCAACGUACCUUUCACAUUUUUUUGUAUUUCCUCUCCAAUCAAAAAAGCGUAGUCUAUUUUUUUUUACCUCUUGUUUUCAAAGAAACUUGUGUGAAGCCAACAAUCACCUCGUGGGUUGUUGUCCUCUCUCUCGUCUGUGUGCUUCCGAGUUCGGCAAAAAUCGACGGCUGCGCUGUGGAGAUCACAGUGAGCAUUGUGUGUAUGUGUGUUUGCUUCGUCUCGCUCUCUUCAUUUUUUUUUUUGAGGAGGGGGGGGGGUUCCGCCGCUGUCCUCAUGUUCUCUCUUUACGCGGAGUUCUACCCUGUGCGAUGAGCUUCUUGCACCUUUGCAUUCGAACCGCUGCCAAUAUAAAAAAAAAGGAGAACAGGUCGGUCACACCAUGA